AUGGUCCAUCGCCUCUUGCAACUGGUCUCGGGUGGCCAGACUGGAGUGAAUGUCAAUGGGGAAAUUGGCCCCUUCUUCCGGAAUGCAAGGGGGGUCAGACAAGGUGACCCGCUUUCUCCCAUCCUCUUUGACUUCAUGGUUGACGCUUUGGCGGCCAUGCUGGCAAGAGCUAAAGAGGCUGGGCACAUCCGGGGCCUUGUGAGUCAUCUGAUUCCAGGGGGAGUCACUCACUUGCAGUAUGCUGAUGAUACCAUGGUUAUGAUCGAGCCGACGGAUGAAGGCAUUGCCAACUUGAAGCUCAUUUUGCUGAGUUUCGAGUUGAUGUCCGGUCUGAAGCUUAAUCUAGCCAAGAGUGAGGUUGUGGUGGUUGGGACCACUUCUUUGGAGCAAGAGAGGGUGGCUCGGCUCCUUAAUUGCCGGUUGGGAAAAUUCCCCAUUAGGUACCUGGGCUUACCUAUUAGUGAUAAAACGCUUAGAGCCUCGGACUGGGAUUUCCUUACAACCAAAGUGGCCAAACGGGUUGACCCGUGGCAGGGAGCCUUCUUGGCCUCCGCAGGGCGCUUGGAGCUGACUAACUCCUGCCUGUCGAGUCUACCGAUGUUUGCUAUGAGCUUGUUUAUGCUCUUUGAUGCGACGCACGCGGUAUUCGACAAGGUACGCUCCCGCUUCUUUUGGGAAGGGGUGGGGGAGAAGCGUAAGUACCACAUGGUGGACUGGGCAACGGUGUGCCGCCCAAAGGCUGUUGGGGUAUCCGGGGCCAGGGAUGGUUUGGGGUGGCGCUUGCGAUUUCGUCGGCCCUUCUCCCUAGCUGAGUCGGUCGAAUGGGACAAUCUCACUCGAGAGUUGGACUCAACUCAGGCUAGUACGGAGGAGGACGUGAUAUCUUGGCGCUUGGAUCCUUCUGGGGUUUUCUCCGCCAAGUCUCUCUACUGUAGACUGUCCCAGGGUGCGGCGGUCACGCACUUUAGGGAGGUUUGGCGGACUAGGGUGCCGCCGAGGAUAAGAGUGUUCCUGUGGCAACUCCUCUGGGGCAAGCUGCCUUGCUCGUUACAGGUGGCCAAGCGGAGAGGGCCGUCCAAUGGGCUCUGCUCCCUCUGUGGAGAGCCCGAGGAUUGUGAUCAUAUUGUCUUCAAUUGCUCGUUGGCUCGGUUUAUGUGGGCGGGAGUUAGGGAACUCGUGCAUUGCUCUUGGAACCCUGCCGGGGUAGGGGAUUUCCUAGCUAUAUGUCAUGGUCUGUCCGGGGCAUAUAGGAGGGUUGUUUGGUUCUCCUUCGCGGCGUUAGCUUGGGCGCUAUGGAAUAUACGUAAUAAAUUGACUAUGGAAGGUGUUCUUAUUGGCAAACCGGCUGACGCCUUGUAUAAAAUGAUCAUAUAUAUGCAGCAAUGGAGGAUGCUGGUGAAGUGGAAGGAUAGAGGUCUCGUGGACGCGGCGAUGGAGACCCUGCGGAGGCUUCAUGGGGAGCUGGCGACGUCGACAGGGCUUUGA